AAGAACGAGAGAGAGAGGGAGGGAGAAGAGGAAGGGAGUCGGAUGAACACACGGCAAGAAAAUUGGAACAGGAACGAGGGAAGUCGAUCGAUGGAUAGCAGGUGCAUUAUCUUGCAGCUUAGAAAUUGAUGAGCAGAAGCGAGCAGACGAGAAGCAGGAUGGCGAGAGUCGGCGGGGUUUUGUUGGUCGCACUUGUGCUGCUGACGUUUUCAGAGAUUUGUUAUGGAGGAAAUGUGAAUGCGGAGAGGAUCGCUGAUCUGUUGCAGAGACAGGCUCGAUCUGCCGAUGGCGUGGUCAGGUUAGACGAUGAGUCUCUGCGACGAUUUGCCAAUCCAUCGCCGGAACCCCGGCCCUACUCUUUGGUAAUCUUCUUCGAUGCUUCGCAGUUGAGGGACAACGCGGAGCUCAGGCUGGAAGAGCUGAGACGCGAGUAUGGACUGGCCGCGUCUGCGCACGCAAAGGGUAGCACGGGAGGCAGUGGAAAAUUGUUUUUCUGUGAACUCGAGUUCAAGCAGGCUCAAGCCAGCUUUGCAGCUUUCGGGGUGAGUACCUUGCCCCACAUUAAGCACUUGCCUCCUGGUGGUGGCGGCUUGAAAGAAGCCGAUGAAAUGGAGCAGAGUGAUUUCCAUCGGACAGCAGAGGGCAUGAUAUCGUUCGUCGAAGGUAAAAGUAAUAUGAAGAUCGGCCCUGUCGAGCGCCCACCGUCCGUGUCGACGAAGCAGCUUCUAGUUUUGGCCGGAGGUCUGUUGGUAACAGCCCCUUUUGUCAUCAAAAGAAUAUUGGCCAAGGACACGGUCUUGCAUGACUCUAAGUUUUGGUGCCUGGGAGCCGUGUUGGUCUACUUUUUCAGCGUAUCGGGCGGUAUGCACAACAUCAUACGAAGGAUGCCAUUCGUCAUGCCUGAUAGAAAUAAUCCGGGAAAGCUUCUCUUUUUCUACCAGGGCUCGGGAAUGCAGCUGGGAGCAGAGGGUUUCGUUGUAGGUUCUUUAUACUCCGUCGUUGGCCUUCUUCUUGCCUUCGUCACCCACUUCUUGCACGAGAUAAGAUCGAAAGCUGCCCAACGCUUCAUUAUGCUGCUUGUGAUGGCAAUAGGCUUUACAGCUGUUAGGAAGGUCAUCACUUUAGAUAAUUGGAAGACCGGUUACUGGAUCCAUGGAUUUUGGCCCAAUUCAUGGAGGUGAAGAGUAGGCUCUACAUUGGCUCUCCCUGGCAGCGAGAAUUUUAAUUCUACACAACUAUUGUGGAUUAUUGUCAGCUGGGUUAAGGUUGUGGAUCGAGCCCGCCAAAGGACCUUGAUUCACCGGGGUACCUUCCAUCCCUCUCAUUUGUCAGUGAAUUUCCCUAAUAAAUGUGUACUCCAGAACAUUGCUUUAUGCGUAGGGAUGUAUCUUUUAAUAUUUGAGGACACCCAUUGAGUUUUCCGGAAGUAGUCUUUUGGUAAUCCUAGAAUUAUGUAAACUCCCCGUACACGUGAAAUUAGUCCUAGCCCGUUGAGUGCUCUACCUCAGGCCAUUUACUUUGAUUUUGAUACCCUCUACCUCAAUAGAUAUGGCGGAGUACCAGCAAUGUUUUUGAUGGAUAAGUGAUACUUGCCUGCUCAGUUCUUUAAGCUACUUUCAGGCAUCCGUACCCGGUGGUUAAUACAGGGGACCUCAAGCUUCGAUAUUUAGGUCUGUAGUGCUGAGGUUGGAGUCAUUGCACAUCUUUGGUGUUUAUGGUGAGCGGAUUGUUUAAUGGGAUCACCCGAAACUCUGAGGAGACCCUAUACUCUUGAGAAGUUUAUCUGCUUCUGGAAGGCAGACCCGCAGUUCUCAGAGAUAGAACCUCUGAACGACUGGUUGCUCCGAAGACGUGCUCGAUAUAUGUGCUUUUAUCCAUGUCUCCGUUUAGCAGCAUGCUAUAUCUCAUUCAGAGUGCAUGUUUCAAAGAAGCAAUCGUCAGCUGCUGGCAUUUGUUACCCGUGAGUAAAACCUAAGGCAUGUGUUCAAAGCCUCAAAUUACGUUUUACUACGAGUGAUUGGUACAUCUUGACAGCGAUAUGUCGUCUGUGAUAUCAUCUGAUGAGUUAAAUGUCAGCUAUAGGGGACAUGUGAGGGUCGAAUAAGUGUCUCAUGACUCAGUAUGACACUGCUCGACCUAAUGCAUCCUGUUAUGAACUCAACUAUAUCAGCAAAUGUUGAUGCCCAGUGUUAAUACCUGUAGAACUGAAUCCAAAAAGCUAGUCUCCAGAUGAUUGUAAAAUUGCUGAAAAUUGGCACACUCUUUGACAACCUGUGUGAAGCAACUUCACCGCUAGUUUUAUGACGACCCACC